AUGAAGAAAUCUUCUAGUAUCUGGUUUGCGAUAUCGCUACUUGGAGUGUCUGCUUCGCACAGAGACGGCCUAAGCGCACAAGACGUCAUCGACAGGCUUCAUCUCGAACCAAACCCAGAAAAAGGCUAUUAUCGACAAACAUUCGAAGAUGCCAGUAACCUUAACAAUCGGUCCUACUCUACGGCUAUUUAUUACCUAUUAGAGGGUGAAGUCGGGCCUUCAUACUGGCAUCGCGUAGUCGACGCUGUCGAGAUCUGGCAUUAUUACGCAGGCGCACCGUUGCAAAUGGACCUGUCGUGGAAUAAUGGGACAGCGACCGAACAUAGACUCCUCGGGAAUGAUUUUUUCGCUAACCAUAGUCCACAAGUCGUCAUCGAGAAAGGGCGCUGGCAAAGAGCUACCAGUUUGGGCACCUGGACGCUUGUUGGGACGACCGUCGCCCCAGGAUUCUCAGAGGAGGGCUUUGAAUUACCGGGGCCAGGAUUUGAACCAAAUGAUGGCAGGUAG